AUGUUGUUCCUUGGUUCCAGAACGGAGGGCAGGAUGGAUUUUCACGCUUUGGAAAAAGAGCUGCAAGAAGCCGUGGCUGCCGAUGAGAAGUACCAGAGAGAAAAUGAGGCUAAGUUCCGAGCGGUGCGCCAGAAAGUGGCAUCUUACGAAGAGUUCAGGGAUAUUGUUUUAGCGUCACACUUGAAGCCUCUGGAGAAAAGGGACAAGACUGGAAAUAAAACAAAAGUAUCGUGGAACAGCUGUGCAAGAAAAGCAAGCCACACUCAAGAAAGCAAAGUGGAGCUGCCUCAGGAGUUGCAGCAACUUCCGGAGACUUCAUCGGAGUUCUACAGAGAUUGGCGCAGGUGUCUGAAAAGCAGCCAAGAACAGUACCGGUUCCUGCUUCAACUCGGACCCCAGAACCUAGGCCAGAUCUUCCAAGCAGACGUUGCUUUUGGUCUCCUGGGGGAGUUCCUAACAGUACUCAGUGAAAAUGUCAGUGUCAAAGACCGAGACUCUGUCUUGGAGAUCUUAGAGCGACUUUCAAGCACCAAACGCUUUGGACUGAAUGUAGAACUUCUGAGCAGGCAAGAGAAGGACAGUUGCAGGCAUUUGUUUGAGAAACUGCAAAGGAUGGAGACAGGCCUUACGUGUCCCCCCAAAUUUGUACAUGAAGAAAGUACCACAGUUGCCCAGACUAGUUGCCAGAGCGAGGGGUCAGCCGAAAGAAAGUUGUUGGAACUGAUGCAACUUUACCAAGUCCCCUGA